AUGGCAAAGAGAAACCUCGGCAAAGUUAUGAGUCCUCGAUCUGGGAAAACCCUAAGCGAAUCACUUGUGGGAGGAGACGCCACCGGAGUCGCUGCUAGAGAGAGAUUCAGGUCGUCUCCCAUCUACGAAAAAAUGGCAGAUCAAGAGGCAGACACGAACAUCGAGAUCUGGAAAAUCAAGAAACUAAUCAAAGGACUCGAAUCCGCAAGAGGAAACGGAACAAGCAUGAUCUCUCUCAUCAUGCCGCCACGUGACCAAGUCUCACGCGUCACAAAGAUGCUCGGAGACGAAUACGGAACCGCCUCCAACAUCAAGUCCCGCGUCAAUCGCCAAUCAGUCCUCUCAGCCAUCACAUCCGCUCAACAAAGACUAAAGCUUUACAACAAAGUCCCCACCAACGGACUCGUCCUCUACACAGGAACCAUCGUCAACGACGACGGCAAGGAGAAGAAAGUCACGUUCGAUUUCGAGCCCUUUAGGCCCAUUAACGCUUCCUUGUAUCUCUGUGAUAAUAAGUUUCACACUGGUGCCUUGAAUGAGCUUUUAGAGAGCGAUGAUAAGUUUGGUUUCAUUGUGAUGGAUGGUAACGGGACGUUGUUUGGGACAUUGAGUGGGAACACUAGAGAGGUUCUUCAUAAGUUUACCGUUGAUUUGCCUAAGAAGCAUGGGAGAGGAGGACAAUCUGCGCUUCGUUUCGCGAGGCUUAGGAUGGAGAAGAGACAUAACUACGUUAGGAAGACUGCAGAGCUCGCUACGCAGUUUUAUAUUAACCCGGCGACGAGUCAGCCUAAUGUAGCUGGUAUGAUUCUCGCUGGUUCGGCUGAUUUCAAGACGGAGCUUAGUCAGUCUGAGCUGUUUGAUCCUCGUCUUCAGGCUAAGAUAUUGAAUGUGGUUGAUGUUUCCUACGGAGGUGAAAACGGUUUUAAUCAGGCCAUUGAGUUGUCUGCUGAGAUUUUGUCUAAUGUGAAGUUCAUACAGGAGAAGAAGCUUAUUGGGAAGUACUUUGAGGAGAUUAGUCAGGACACUGGGAAGUAUGUGUUUGGUGUGGAGGAUACUCUAAAGGCUCUGGAGAUGGGAGCUAUUGAGACUUUGAUUGUGUGGGAGAAUCUUGAUAUCAACAGGUAUGAGUUGAAGAACAGUACGAGUGGGGAGAUAGUGGUGAAGCAUUUUGGGAAAGAUCAGGAGACUGAUCAGAGUAAUUUCCAUGAUGCGGAGAGUAACGCUGAGCUUGAAGUUCAGGAGAAGAUGCCUUUGCUUGAGUGGUUUGCGAAUGAGUAUAAACGUUUUGGGUGUACGCUUGAGUUUGUGACUAAUAAGUCGCAAGAAGGGUCGCAGUUUUGCAGAGGGUUUGGUGGGAUUGGUGGUAUGCUUCGUUACCAGCUUGACAUGAGGACGUUUGAUGAGUUGUCGGAUGGUGAAGUUUAUGAGGAUUCUGAUUGAAGUGAGAACACUGGUUUUUGACCGAUACAGUGUGGCAAAUGUGACAUAAGAUGGUCUUUUAUCAAUUCUUAAGCUU